UUUUCACCAGACUCCUAAGGGCACUGUGGGGGGGGGGGCAUUUAUGAGGCCAAUGAGAUAGGCAGCCCAUAAAGUGCAGAGUCAAAACUUAUCUCCUCCAGCUUCAUUUCCCCAGUGGCCAAAAGUGUCAGAUCCAUCACUAACCCAAGUGACAGUAUGGAGCUGAACGAUGACCAGGAUUUUGCAGCAGCUCAAGUACAGUCGCUUUGGGAAAUGGAUAACCUAACAUCCCUGUUAAACCGUUCUCCCUGGCUCGUGACCAAAGAAUGGUGAACCUUUAAGGGGACAGUUAUUCUGGGUAAUGUCCAGAGCGAUAGGAGGCACACAGUGGUAUGUGCUAAAUAGUAUGGUGAAACACUGCUGGAGAUGCCAUGACAUGGUCCAAUAACCUUGUAUUAAGAUCCCCCAUUAAGCAUACAUCAGGCUUCUCGGACAAGAGACUAUGGACAAUGACAAGGAAUUAAAAGCUGCUGUCAUGAAAUAAAUAUAUGCUUCCUUCCUUCUAUCAGAAGAGAGAGAGAGUGUGUGUGUGUGUGUGUGUGCGCGCACGCGUUUAUGCAUUAGUGUCAGGGUGCUUUAUCAGUGCUGGCCAGCUGUGACUUACUAUGUAAUGCCUCUGAGCUAGAAGUAACACAGACUUACCAACCACUCCUGCUAUGACCAAACUCAACGGGGAAGUGAUGUUGAGGGGGAUCCAGUCAUCUCUGACCCGACUCCUAGGGCUGCUCUUCCUCUUGGUGAUAGUGGAGAGGGUUACAGGGUCACCAGGCUGUCCAGCGUCCUGCUCCUGUCACGGUGAUCAAGUGGACUGCAGUGGUCGCCUACUCACCACCUCCUCCUUGCCCUCCAUAUUCCCAUCUACCACCACCACGCUCCUUCUCCACGACAACCAGCUGACCAUGUUACCCAAUGGGCUGUUGGACUCCCUUUCCUCCCUGCGCUCCGUCUCUCUUCAUGGGAACUCCUGGACGUGUGACUGCGGCGUGCUCUAUCUGCGUGCCUGGCUGCUCAAACAACCAGACGACUUCACCGGCCACCGAAACGUCACGUGCAGUUUCCCUCCCGGCCUGCGGGGGAGGCUGGUGGUGUACCUGGCUGAGGAGGAGGUGCUGCAGUCCUGUCACUACUGGUACUGUGACCUAGCUCUGGCCUCCCAGGUCUGUCUGUUUGUGUUUGUGACGGUGCAGGCGGGGCUGUUGGCUGCUGUGGUCGUGUUCCUGAGGAGGUUUGAGACACUGUCCCGCGAGGCCCGAAGGACCACAGAGGAGAGUUUCGCUGGGGGGGAUGGACUUGAGUAUUCAGAAUAUGAGACCCUGAAGGACAGCAGCAUCUGACCAGGAGAGGGAAGGGCCUGCUGACCAAGGAGUCGGAGGUGACAGCGAAAGGCUGAGUGGAGGCUGUUGUAGG